CCCUCGCAUCCCCGAAAACAGACAACCCCAUACACAAAAGACAACAUACACAACAAUGGGGGAAUCACGAACGGAACUCCUCGCUUGGCUCAACGACCUGCUCCAGCUCGGAUACACCAAGAUCGAACAGUGCGGAACAGGCGCCGCUCACUGCCAGAUCAUCGACUCUAUUUACCGUGACCUACCCGUAUCCAAAGUAAAAUUCAACGCCAAGCACGAAUACGAGUACGUCGCAAACUUCAAGAUCCUGCAAAACGCGUUCGAUAAGCAUAAGAUCGACAAUGCCAUUCCCGUCGAGAGGCUCAUCAAGUGCAAGUUCCAGGACAACUUGGAGUUCCUGCAAUGGGUGAAGAAGUUCUGGGACAACUACUAUCCUGGCGGCACCUACGACGCCGUAGCCCGUCGCGGGGGUGCCGGCGCAGGCGCCGGUGCGGCGGGAGGAGGAUUCAAAACUACCACCUCCAAUAACAAACUCGGGACACCCCUCAAGAAGGCACCAUCGGCAACCGCCGUCCGCGCGUCCCGAGCCGGUGGCGGCAGCACGACCAACGCAGGAGGCCUGAGCCGCGCGGCCGCCGCGUCGUCGGACCGCACGGCCGAACUAGAAGCCGAGUACCAGAAGGCACUGCAGGAUAUGCAGCAGCAGGUCAUGGAGGCGAAGCUGACGGUGGAGCAAGUGGAGAAGGAGCGCGAAUUUUAUUUUUCCAAGUUGAGAGAGAUUGAGAUUUACGUGCAGGAGCAGCUGGCGGCUGGGCUCGAUGGCGGUGCACAUGACCAUGUCUUGCAACAUAUCUCGGAUGUCAUGUACAAGACGGAAGACGGCUUCGAAAUCCCUCAAGGCGGAGAAGGCGCGCAAGCAGAGAGUGCAAUCGCUGGCGGUGAGGAAGAAACAUUUUAAGAAACGUCCGGCCCCACAAGUGGGGAUACACGCACGCAAAAAAAGCGUAAUUACGAACAACCAAUCAUAACUCUGCGGUGCCCGUAGGCUUGGUGGGAUGAAGAGAACGAAAAAUCGAUUAUACUGGAUUGUGGAAGGAUGUGACAUGCAAACCCAGCUCUUGUGAAACCCGUGCAAUUCAUUUCACAACUACUUAGUAUGGUAUAUUUGAGGGAGAUGGGAUGGACCUUGCUGAAUUUGGUGUUUUUCGAGCCGUGACGGAGAGUGUUUGUAUCCAAGGGCGUCGGGAAAAGAGACGUGAACUGGCCUUGAUGUAAUUAUAUGGUUGACCAUGAGAUUAUCAGCGUCGUUGCAUCCGAGCAGGAUUUCAAUGUAAACUCGUGUGU